GUGGGGUGUGGCUGGAAUGUGAAAUAAAAAAAAACAUUCAAUGUUCUUAAGGCGGAAGUCGGAGCAAGAUGGUUAGGAAUAUCAAGGAGCCAGUCGCACUUUUCCAAAGUGUCAUCUUAUGUGCAACCGAUGAAAUAACUGGAGCCAUACAUGACAGAGGAGAAGACAUAACUGCUUAUCUCAAAAGCAUUCUUAUGAGGUUAAACGUAGAACAGUGGGAUUUCAUAGUCAGUGCUCAAGAAAGAAAGAUUGCUAGCACAUUUCUCGACAAACUCGUCGAUGAAACUGACGAAAAAAAGAUUACAGAGGAGAAAAUAAUCAACGAACUCUAUCAAAUUGCAAAAGGAGGGAUAAAAAGUGACGUCCUGAGAAAAGCAAUCGAAGACUACAGGCUAGACAGACGAGGAUUGCUUGAAAGAGGAUCACACUAUGCAAAAGAUAUUGCCGUAAAAAUAUUUGACAUUGAAAAUCAACGUAAAAUUAAAGAAUUGCUAUCCUUGGUGAAAGAGAACAAGGAGCUGUUUGCUCUUUUAUUUGGAGCUCCUUUAGCUGGAGCUGCUAGCGCGCUUGUUCUGCAGCGGGUUCAGAGUGGGAGUAUAACAUUCAUCGUUCGAGCACAAUCACUGGCUGCUUUAAAGGAGUUAUGGAGCAUGUACCAGACCGGAGAGCUCAAGAGAAGAUUCCAGGAAGCCUUUGCCAAGAUAUUGGAUGGACAAGAAAUCAAGUUUUCUGUCUUCAUAGACGAGAAUGAGUUCCGAAGUAUCUGUCUCAAUCUGGUCCAUUUGUCAAGAGCUGAAUUCGUUUCAUCUGGUGAGGCAGAGAGACCUGAAAAGCGAAGAGCGUUAUCAAUUUCAUCAGUUGAUGAUCUCGAUCGAGAGGUCAGAGAAAAACAAGAGUUGAUAAGGUGCAUGAGAGAAGUCGAGGAUGCAGCACAACGCGAGAAGGAGAAACGAAAAGCCAUUGAAGCGGACAUGGCGCAAAUGGUCCAAGAAAACACUUCCAAGAUUGUUGACAAGCUGAAAAACAAAGAGUUAACGGAAAAAGAAAGAGAAGAAUUGCUCAAGCUCUUGGUAAAUCAUCACAAGGCGCUUCUUGAAAAUGUUUUUUGUUUUGAAGAUUCGUUGAGAGAUAAAGAACUCGACUCCUUGACAAACAUUGUUCACUACCUGAGCAAUAGUGUAGAGAAUGUUCAUAACGGAAAGGAAGAGCUGGCCAAACUGAUUCCCAAGUACCAUGAGAUCUUGAUAAAGAAAAUCGAACAAGAUCCCAGCAGUGAAAAAAGCCACCAAGCACUGAGAGACACGACGCACGAUUUGUUUGACGGUUUGCGAUACUUUGAUCAAGCAAAGGAGGAGCACGCCAAACUGAUUCCCAAGUACCAUGAGAUCAUGAUAAAGACCAUCGAACAAGAUCCCAGCAGUGAAAAAAGCUACCAAGCACUGAGAGACACGACGCAUGAUUUGUUUGACGGUUUGCGAUACUUUGAUCAAGCAAAGGAGGAGCACGCCAAACUGAUUCCCAAGUACCAUGAGAUCAUGAUAAAGACCAUCGAACAAGAUCCCACGAGUGACAAGAGCUACGGCGAGCUGAAAGAGAUGAUGUGUGAAUUGCAAAAACUUACGAGCUCCUCAGAAAUAGGAAAGGAAGAGUACGCCAAACUGAUUCCCAAGUACCAUGAGAUCAUGAUAAAGACCAUCGAACAAGAUCCUACGAGUGACAAGAGCUACAAAGCACUGAGAGACACGACGCAUUAUUUGUUAGACGGUUUGCGAGACUUUGAUCGUGCAAAAGAGGAGCACGCCAAACUGAUUCCCAAGUACCAUGAGAUCAUGAUAAAGAACAUCGAACAAGAUCCCACGAGUGACAAGAGCUACCAAGCACUGAGAGACACGACGCAUGAUUUGUUAGACGGUUUGCGAGACUUUGAUCAAGCAAAGGAGGAGCACGCCAAACUGAUUCCCAAGUACCAUGAGAUCAUGAUAAAGACCAUCGAACAAGAUCCCACGAGUGACAAGAGCUACGGCGAGCUGAAAGAGAUGAUGUGUGAAUUAAAAAAACUUACGAGCUCCUCAGAAAUAGGAAAGGAAGAGUACGCCAAACUGAUUCCCAAGUACCAUGAGAUCGUGAUAAAGAUAAUCGAACAAGAUCCCAAGAUUGAAAAAAGUUACCAAGCACUGAGAGACACAACACGUGAUUUGGCAAGUAUUGCCAGGGAUCUCCCUGACAAGGGUAAAGAAGAGGUAACCGAAAUUCUCGUUAAGUACCACACGUUCCUCUUAAAGAACAUCGAGCAGGAGCCAAUGAGUGAAGGAAGUCACAAUGCACUAAUAGCCGCGACGCAUGAUUUGUCAAAAAUUGUUGCAUCGUGGGUCACAGACGAGGGAAAGCAGCAACUUGCCAAACUUCUCCCUCAGUACUACACCACAUUGUUUACAAAUAUUAAACAAGAUCCAAUGAGUGAAAGCAGCUUCGGCGCACUGAAAACCGCAACUGAUGAUGUGUUACAAAUGUGCCGCUCAUCAGAGAUCGUCAAACAGGAAAUGAUCAAGUUUAUCCCCAAGCAUAAUGAGAACCUACUCUGGAUAACGAAAAGGGUAGUGAACGAGUCGGGAUCUACAGACAGUGGACUUGACCGGUUAGAAAGGGUGAUUUCUAUUUUAACAAGUUUGGUAGAGCCCCCAUCGCAGGAUAAUCAGAUAAUCCUCGACCUGAUCGAUAAAAUGGCCGAUAAAAUAUCACAGGACACAGAUUCCGGAAAGGGUCUUGAUCGAAUUGAGAGGAUGGUAGGAAACCUAGUCCGUUUUCUUCGACUCUCUUCCUUGACUGACGCCGGGAAAAAGCAGUUGAUCGAAUUGAUAGAAAAACUUUGUAACCCACUGAUGCACUUGGAAAAGCCUUACGUUACGUUACGUAUCAUUCACACUUUUGUAGCCUUGUGUGAAAACCUCUCUGGGCCAAUUUCUGACAGAAUUGUUACUUCAUUACUUUCUGUAAUUGAAGCAGCCUCACGGUCAAAUUCAAAUAUUCCACCGCCCGAUUCCGACCUUCUCGACAGAUUGUGUGACAUUGUGAUUGAAAGAAUGGAGCUCACUCCUAUAGAUAAAGAAGAACUCUCCUGUAUCCUGACCAGCUUGAACAAGUGUUUCGCUGCCUUAGCAGCUGAGAUUGCUAGUCCCAAAACAGGCCCGUGGUGGGAAGACACAAGACAGGGACAGUCCGACAAGUUGCAGUUCAUAAUGGACAAUUUGCAGUCGAUGCUGGACAAGCAAAUGAAGGCAUUUGAGGAGAUGAUUAGAAGGCUUCAAACGUCUGGGGUGUAAGAUACCAAGACUAUUCCCUCCAGCUCCCUUGGCAUCAUGGGAAUUGAAACAGGAAAAUGGCAAGUUGAACAAAAACAAAAGAAAAGGGAUCCCUUCGACUUCGCCAAAAAGCCAGUUUGAGACCAGGGAAGACACUGACGUAAUAUGAACAAAUAUUUACAAUG